ACUGAUCUGACAGAAGAACAAGAAGAAAGAUGGCGGCGCAGGGUCAGUGAGGAUUCAGUUUUGGAUCUAGUCUGGUUCCUGGAUGCAGGGCAUCAGGCCGGUGGUGGAGGUGGUCCGUCUGGGCCUGGUCACCUAUCAGGAGGCUUUGCGGUUGCAGCAGGUCUAUGUGAACCGGCAUCGGUCCGGUCCAGCUCACGCACUGUUGCUCUGUCAGCACCCACCAGUUUACACCACUGGGAUCCGCCAUAAACCCUAUCCUGCCCCCCUGCUGGACCAACUCCGCCUACUGGGGGCAGAUGUCCACCGGACCAACAGAGGGGGUCUCAUCACAUUUCACGGCCCGGGACAGCUGGUCUGCUACCCCGUCCUGAACCUGGGCAGCUUCAAGAAGAGUGUUCGCUGGUACGUUUGCCAGCUGGAGAAAACCAUCAUCUCCGUCUGCAGCCGGUUCGGUGUUGAAGCGUCCACGUCGCCUCACACUGGCGUUUGGGUUGGUGACAACAAAGUGUGUGCCGUCGGAAUCCACUGUGGUCGAUACAUCACAUCUCACGGUUUAGCUCUCAACUGUGACACCGACAUGUCGUGGUUCAGCCACAUCGUACCGUGUGGCAUUGAAGGUAAAGGAGUGACGUCGCUGAGCGCUGAGUUGCACAGAGACGUCAGCGUGGAGGAAACCACCCCUCACCUGCUGGAAGCCUUCAGAGACCAGUUCAACUGUCAGCUGACAGACGCACAAACAGCAGAAGAUCACUGGAGCAGAACUGACCCGACGUGACGCAGCUCCAGGCUCGAACGGCCUCACUGUGAAUCACAGGUCAUGAUUCACUGUUAAUUGAUGAUUCAUUGUUGGAUUCUAAUAAAGGUUUUUGAAUGAC